AUGCUACUCUCUGAACGCCGGACAUUCCUCACCUCUCGCGGAUACAAGUACUCCUUCAUCUACGUGCCCGCCAAAGACAACAAGCCGACGCUACUAUUUCUGCAUGGCUUCCCCUCGCACGCCGACGACUGGGAGCGGCAGAUCGCGCACUUUGCGCCGCUGGGCUAUGGCGUCAUAGCGCCGGACCUGCUGGGCUACGGCGACACCAGCAAGCCCGACAGCGUCGCCAGCUACACCUUUAAAAGCAUGAGCGACGACAUUGCCCAGGUGCUGGACCACUUGAAGCUCGAGUCCGUCGUCGGCGUCGGGCACGAUUUCGGCGCCAACUUUCUCGGCCGGCUGGCCGCGUACUACCCCGCGCGCUUCCGGGCUCUGGUGUUUUUGGCGGUCGGCUCCGGGAAACCGGCGCGCAGGUUUGACAUUGACCAGAUUCAACAAAUGACAAAGAAGAUGGCGGGCUUCGUCAUGUUUGGGUACAUUUCGUGGCUUGGCGGUGAGGAGGACCCCCACGCGGUGCUGGAGCAGCACGCCAAGUCGGCCAUGAGCCUGCUCUUUGCGGCGGAUCGCAGCGCGUGGAAUACUUCAUUCCACCCGCUCGGUGCGAUGGAGCAGUUUGUCACUGAGGACAAACAGCUUCCCGUGGGCGAGUGGUACACGCCGAUGAUGCAGGACAGCCAUUUGGACGUGUUUGGAGCCAAGGAUGGCUACAAGGGCGCGACGCGCUGGUAUCGCAUGCUCGUGACUAAUGCGUCUCUGAAGGAGGAGGAGGAGAGUAUUGCCGACGUAAAGCUGGAGCAGCCGAGUAUUAUUGUUGCAGAUGCACAAUCGAUGCCCUCGCAGAAGGGCAUGCUCGCGGAGUGGGUGUCGAACCUGACGUCAAAGGAGCUCGAUAGCGGGCACUGGACGCACAUUGAGUGUGCGGAGCAAGUCAAUCAAACCAUCACCAAGUUUAUCCAGACGAUCUAG